AUGACGUCGGUCAAAGUGGCCGUUCGUGUACGACCAUUUAAUACACGUGAAAGAAAUCGUCAAGCUAAAUGUAUUAUUCGAAUGGAUCCAAAAGAACAAACAACAUUUAUACGAAAUCCUAUUGAUGAUACAGUUAAACAUUAUAAAUAUGAUUAUUCAUAUUGGUCAUGCGAUGAAAAUAUAAAUAAUCAAAAAUUUGCUACACAAGAACAAGUUUAUCAAGAUUUAGGAAUUGAAAUGUUAGAACAUUCAUUUGAAGGAUAUAAUGUUUGUAUAUUUGCUUAUGGACAAACAGGUGCUGGUAAAUCUUAUACAAUGAUGGGUAAAAAUGAACCUGAACAACAAGGUGUUAUUCCAAGAUUAUGUGGUGAUUUAUUUGAACGUAUAAAUUUAUCAUCACCAUUAUCAUCAUCACCUUCAUCUUCUACUUAUAUAAAACCACGUUAUACAGUUGAAGUAUCAUAUAUGGAAAUCUAUUGUGAACGUGUACGAGAUUUACUUUCACCAAAAAAAUCUCAUACAACCGGUGUUGGUAGUUCACAUAAUUUACGUGUUCGUGAACAUCCUAUUAUGGGACCAUAUGUUGAAGAUUUAUCUCGUUUACUUGUUACAUCUUAUGAUGAUAUAUCAAGAUUAAUUGAUGAAGGUAAUAAAGCUCGAACAGUUGCUGCAACAAAUAUGAAUGAAACAUCAAGUCGAUCACAUGCUGUAUUUACAAUAUUAUUUUCUCAAUCAACAUAUGAUUCAAUAACAAAUUUAAUUGCAGAAAAACAAUCAAAAAUUUCAUUAGUAGAUUUAGCUGGUAGUGAACGAGCUGAUUCAAGUGGUGCAACAGGUGAUAGAUUAAAAGAAGGUGCAAAUAUUAAUAAAUCAUUAACAACACUUGGAAAAGUAAUUGCAGCACUUGCUGAAAUGAGUUCAAAACAUCGUAAAACACGUUCAGAAAAAAAACCAGAUUUUAUACCAUAUCGAGAUUCGGUACUAACAUGGUUGUUAAAAGAAAAUCUUGGUGGUAAUUCUAAAACAGCUAUGAUAGCUGCAAUAUCUCCAGCUGAUAUAAAUUAUGAAGAAACUCUUUCAACUCUUCGUUAUGCUGAUCGAGCUAAAGCAAUUGUUUGUAAAGCAGUUAUUAAUGAAGAUGCUAAUGCUCGACUUAUACGUGAUUUAAAAGAAGAAAUAAUGAAAUUAAGAGAAUUAUUAAAACAUGAAGCUGGUAUUGAUUUAUUACCUGAUGGUACAUUUUCAUCAAUAACAAAUAUUUCAAAAAAUUCACGUCUAAAAUCAACAUCAUCACAAAGUAGUGAAGAUGCAUUAGAACGUUUAAAAGAAAAUCAAAAAUUAAUGGAUUCAUUAUGUAUGUCAUAUGAAGAAAAACUUAAAAAAACAGAAAAAAUUAUGGCUGAACGAGAAGCCGCUUUUCAUGAACUUGGUGUUUAUUCAAAAAAUGAUGGAAAUGCUGUAGGAAUAUUUUCACCAAAAAAUUCUUCACAUCUUGUUAAUCUUAAUGAAGAUCCAUUAAUGUCCGAGUGUUUAAUGUAUUUUAUUAAAAAUGGUACUACUCGUGUCGGUCGUCCUGAUGCACCUAUACAUCAAGAUAUUGUUUUGUCUGGUUCACAUAUUGAACCUGAACAUUGUAUAAUAACAAAUUCACAACAUAUUGUUCAUUUAAAACCUUGUAGUCAAACAGCAAUGUGUUAUGUUAAUGGAAAAAAAGUUGAUUUUGAUACAACUGUUGAAUUAACAUCUGGAUCUCGUGUUAUAUUUGGUAAAUCUCAUGUUUUUCGUUUUCUUAAUCCUGAACAAGCACGACGAAGAAAUACUAAAACAGACUCAACUGGUGAACCAACUGAUUGGAAUAGUGCAAUACAAGAAUUAUUAGAAAAACAAGGUGUUGAUAUAAAACAUGAAAUGGAAAAAAAACUCGUAACAAUGGAAGAAGCAUUUAAACGUGAAAAAGAAGAAGUUGAUCGUCUUUUACAAAAACAAAAACUUGAAUAUGAAUCUAAAAUAGUUGAAUUACAAAAACAAGUUAUGGAAACAUCAAUGAGUCAAUCAAUGCUUUCAUCUAUUUUAUCAUCAUCUGGUUUAAUUGAUCCAUCAUUAUGUCAACAAAAUACACUUCAAGAAGAUCUUAAUGAAACUGAUAAUGAUACAGGUAGUUAUUGUUCUUGGUCAGAACAAGCUUAUCAAUUAGCUUGGUGGGCAUGGAAAAAAUGGCGUUUUCAUCGUAUGACAUCAUUACGAGAUCUUUUAUGGGGUAAUAGUGUUUAUUUAAAAGAAGCUAAUGCUAUAAGUGUUGAAUUACGUAAACGUGUUCAAUUUCAAUUUGUUCUUUUAACUGAUACACUUUAUUCUCCAUUACCAAGUGAUUUAUAUCCAUCAUCAUCAUCAUUAUCUCAACAUACAAUUGUUGCUAUUGAAGUACAAGAUUUAAAAAAUGGUGCUGUACAUUAUUGGUCAUUAGAAAAAUUUCGAUCUCGUCUGGAAAUUAUGCGUCAUAUAUACAAUUGUGAACAAAUUUCAAUACCACGUGCAAUUAGUUAUAAUGAUAUGAGCGAUUUUUCAUCGCAACAUAUUGUUAUGACAAAUGAUUCACAAAAUUCAAGUUUUGAUGAUACAACUCCAUAUUCAAUAUCUAAAGAAAAAUUUGAUUUUUCGGUUAAUGCCAGACAACGACUUGAAUUAAUGCGUGAAAUGUAUUCAAAUGCAGCUGAUAUUUCACCAACAUCACCUAAUCGAAGUAUGGAUUCGUUGACAACUGAUGCUAUAUCAACAGCUACUAUUCAAGCAGAUCCAUUUUAUGAUCGAUUUCCUUGGUUUCGACCAAUUGGAAGGGCAUUUGUUUAUUUGACUAAUCUUCUUUAUGGUUUAUCGUUAGAACAAAAUGUUGCUAUUGUAUCUGAACGAGGUGAUAUAAAGGGUUAUUUAAAAAUUUCGGUACAACAAUUACAAACAUCAGUAUCAUUAUCAACAGAAGAAACAACAAAUGAACAAAUUAAAUUAAUGAAAACAUAUAAAAAUGCUAAUGGAUUAACAAAAAUUGUUUUCGAUGAUGCAACAUAUUUUCAAGAUUUGAAAAGUUCAUCUUCAAUUGAUUUAAUUAAAUCAAGUGAUUCCUUAGAUAUUAAUCUUCGUUAUGUCGAAGGACAAUCACAAUGUGGUCUUAAUGAUCUUCUACAACAAAAAUCUACUAAUGAUUCUUUAUCUUCAUCUAUACCAAAUAAAGAAAUAUCAACAAUGACUACAAGUGAUGUUCUAUCAAAUGAAUUCUUACAACAAUUUGGUGUUGAAUAUCAAUUUCGUGUAACAAUAUUAGAAGCAUCACAAAUUCCAUUGGAAUAUGAAGAUAUUUUUUGUCAAUUUAAUUUUCUUCAUCAACAUCAUGAAGCAUAUUCAACAGAGCCGAUUAAAAAUCCAGGCAAAUCUGGUGUAUCACUUGGUUUUUUUCAUAUGCAAAAUUUCAGUGUUAUUGUUACUCGUUCAUUUGUUGAUUAUCUUCGUACAAAACCAAUUGUUUUCGAAGUAAUGGGUCAUUAUCAAGAAUAUUCAAAUCCAACACUUCACAACAUAAUAACAACAACAACGAAUUCACCAAAAGCUACUGUAGCAGUAAAAGCUUUUUCGAAACCGAUACCUGCUCAAACAUUAAAUCCAAUGACAGCUGUCGGUACAAUAAAUCAAGUUCAUGCUAUUCAUGAUCUUGUUGUUUGGUAUGAAAUUUUUGAAUUAUCACCAAAUGGCGAAUAUGCUGCUGUAACAGUUGAUCAUUCUUAUAAUAUGCCAUGUUCUGGUCGAUUUAUUCUUCAUCAAGGUAUUCAACGUCGUAUUGGAAUAACAUUAUGUCAUGAAACAAAUACUGAACUUAUUUGGAAAAAUGUUCGUGAUGUUGUUAUUGGUCGAAUACGUAGUCAACAAAAUUCUGUAUUUGAUGAAACUGAUGGUCAAACACUUUCAUUAAAUAUAAUAUCAUCUCAUUAUAUUCAAAAACAACAUGAUGAACGAACAUUUUAUCAUUUUGAAGUUGCAUGGGAUUCAUCAUUACAUAAUUCAUUAUUACUUAAUCGUUGUACAUUAAAUGGAAAUUCAGUUUAUUUAACAAUAUCAUCAUAUAUUGAAAUAGAAAAUUCUAUUCAACCAGCUAUAAUAACAAAAGAUUUUUGUCUUAUUUUAUAUCCACGUAGUGGUGAUUCAACAUCACGUAUACGUUCAUCAUUAAAAAAUUUUUUUCUAUCAUCUAAUUCCAUAACACGUUCAUUAACAAAUGAUGAACAUUCAAAUUGUAUAUCUGCUAUUUAUGAAUUAAAAUUAAAACAUACUUCAACAUUAAAUAUAAUAACACAAAAUUUUUCAAAUAUAAGUCCUGGUUUACAACGACGACAAAGAAAAGUUAUUGAUACAUCAAAAAUUUAUGUUCGUGGGGAAGAAAUGUUACAUGGUUGGAGACCAAGAAGUGAUUCAUUAAUUAUUGAACAUCAACAAGAUUUAGAAAAAUUAUAUAAAAUUGAAUGUGUUGAACAUACAAGACAUGUUUUACAAGUUAAAGAUCGCCUUAAAAAUUCUACACAAUCAUCAAAUGAUAUAUCAUUAGAAAAAAUUCAAACUUCAAUAAAUGAUUCAAAUGUUUCAUUUAAUGAUCAUCAACAAGAAUUACUUCGUCGUUGUUUAACAAUGAUGGUACCUUCAAUACCAGCAAUAACAAAAUUGACUGCGCCCGAAAUUGAAGUAACAACCGAUCGUCGUCUUUCAUUGGAUGAUACUCGUGCUAUUCAUUCAUUAGUGAAAUCUUCAUCAGUAUCUUCAAUUAGUGCACAACCAUUACACAUACACACAACAAAUACUAUGAAUUCUUUUAGUGGUUUGGAUCUUUCAAAAUUUUCUCAUUUGGAUUCAUCUAGUCCAAUAUCGUCUAUAUAUUGUAUUAAUAACAUUCAUGAUUCGACACCACUAAAUAAACUCAAAUCUCGUUCAAUGGAAAGUUUAAUGAAUGUACCGAGUAGUUCAUUAAAAUAUAUUCUAUCAAUUGAAGAAAUUCAUUUAUCACCAGUUGUAUUACGUCGUGGUUAUUUAAAAUUUUUUGAAGAAAAAAAACCAAAUUGGAUGAAAAAAUUUGUUAUUGUACGACGUCCAUUUGCAUUUAUAUAUAAUCAUGAAAAAGAUCCAGUUAUACGUGCAUUAAUUAAUUUAGGAACAGCACGUAUUGAAUUUAAUGAUGAAGAAUCAACGCAUGGAACAAGAAAUACUCGAAAUACAUUUUCCGUUGUUUCAAAAUAUCAUAAUUUUCUUAUUCAACCAUUAGUUGAAAAAGAUGUUUAUGAUUGGCUUUAUGCAUUUAAUCCAUUACUUGCUGGACAAAUCAAAUCACGAUCAUCAAAUCGAUCAAAAGGAAGCAUUGGUUAA